AUGCCAGAAGUGUCUGUUGAACAACCGGAUAAAGCUGUUGUUGUAUCUUGGAUACUGCAGAGAAAAAAUGGAGUUAUCAAGGAGUAUCACGUGACGUACAUAAAUACAAAUGAUUCGUCAGAAACCAAGAGUCGUCAGACGAAAAGAACGGAAAUACAGUUUGAUUUAAAGGCAGGAAAAACUUAUAAAUUCGAGGUAUUUGCCGUAAACGACAACGGUAAGGGACAGGCUGGCGUGAAGAUCUUUACAUUGAGAAACGAUAACUCGAAGAAAUUGCGGCUAAUUGCUUAUGCAGCCGGAGGAGCAGGAGCACUGCUACUUAUCAUACUGAUAGUGGUCAUUGUUGCCUGCGUUGUGUCUCGUAGAAGGAGAAGUAAAAAGAGUGUAGAGAAAGCCUAUAUGGAAGCCCUUCAGCUGGGAAGUGAACUUCAAACUACAAAUCCCCGAGACCAGAGAACUUAUAUCGAUCCAAACGACUACAGUGACGUGCAAGAACUUUUGACAUCAUUUACGACUGAACUUAAAAGAAGCGACAUUAAACUCGAAGGAGUUAUCGGACAAGGGGAGUUUGCGGAUGUCUACAGAGGAAUAUUAAAGUCUCGUGAAGGCAAAGGAGUGGUUGCUGUCAAAGUCUUGAGGCCUGGUUCCAGUGAGAAAAAUCAGAAAGAUUUUCUCUCCGAGGCGUCCCUAAUGGGCCAGUUUGAUCAUUCAAAUGUUAUCCGCCUCAUCGGAGUGGUGACAAGAAGUAGACCAAUGAUGAUUUUAACAGAAUUCCUGAAAAGUGGAUCAUUGGAUCACUAUUUAAAGGACCGAAAGGAUCAGCUGACGAGCCUUCAGUUGACUGGAAUGGCCAGAGGCGUGGCUCACGGAAUGAAGUACCUUUCAGAAUUAAACUUCAUUCAUCGGGAUCUGGCUGCUCGCAAUGUUCUUGUGGGCGAAAACAUGCUGUGUAAAGUAUCAGAUUUUGGUCUUUCAAGAGAACUGGCUGAAGACGAUGAGGCACAAGCUGAAUACACGACACAGGGGGGUAAGAUUCCAGUUCGUUGGACAGCCCCGGAAGCGCUUCAGCAUCGAACCUUCAGUUCAGCUAGUGAUGUUUGGAGCUUUGGCAUUCUAAUGUGGGAAAUCACGUCAUAUUGUGACAGACCUUACUGGAAUUGGGACAACUUCGAUGUUAUCAGGCGAGUGGAAGCUGGAUACAGAUUACCACCUCCACAG